CUGUAUAAAGCCGCGGGAUGGGAGCCCGAGAGCAAAUAGAGAGGACUGUUCUGUGUCCGGUUCAGUCCGUUCUGUCUGACACAGCUUUAAACAUGGGCUUGAUCAUCUCUAACGUCUUCACUCGCCUCUCACAGCAAAAGCAAAUCAGACUUUUGAUUGUUGGUCUGGAUGCAGCAGGAAAGACCACCAUCCUCUACAAACUCAAACUGGGGGAAGUCGUCACAACCAUCCCAACUCUUGGCUUUAACGUUGAGUCGGUUGAGUACAACAACAUCUCUUUCACCGUGUGGGACGUGGGUGGACAGGGUCAGAUCAGACGGCUGUGGAAGCACUACUAUCAGAAUACCAAGGGCCUCAUUUUUGUGGUGGACAGCAGUGAUCGAGAGCGGAUUGAGGAAGCCUCGUCUGAGCUGCAGACACUACUUCAGGAAGAUGAGCUGAAGGACGCUGUCGUGCUGGUUCUUGCUAACAAACAGGAUUUACCCAAAGCCAUGCCAAUCGACGAGAUGACCGAGAGGCUGGGGUUACGGACAAUGACUGAAAGAACUUGGUACGUUCAGUCAACUUGUGCAGUAAGUGGGGCAGGUUUAUAUGAAGGACUGGACUGGCUGUGUGAUCAGAUCUCCAAACGAUAAAAUUACAGCACUUUUACAUCUGUUUAGAAAUUCAUUUGUUCAUACUGUAUAUAAUUUGAAUCACUAUAUUGUCAUCCAGCUGGGAUAGGCUCCAGCACCCCACCGCGACCCAGAAGGAUAAGCGGUUUAGAUGAUGUAUGUAUGUAUGUAUGUAUAUUGUCAUCUCCACAACGCCCCCCUCCUUUGAGUCUGUUAUUUUAUUAUCAUAAAUGUGAUGUAUUUAUGUUGGGUUUUUCAUUAUUCUUAUAUUGUUUGUCAUUUUCUUUGGCCAAAGACUGUUGAAAUGUUAUAAAACUUGUGCCUGUAAGAUUUAUAUUUUGGAUUUUUAUUAAAUUAAUGUAUUUUUUAUCAUCACUGUGGUCAAAGUACUUAUAUUGUUGUCUUUCCUUUUCGAUGCCCUUUAUCUGA